UUGAAUUGUCAAAGUCAUAGAAAUGUCGCCUUCAUCCAAAAUUUAAAUAUUUUUUCUUUAUUAUCUCUUUCGUGUUAUAAAAAUGGCGAGUCGAGGUGGUUCAGCUAGACGCGUUCCUGAAAAUGAUGCUGCUAUUACCUAUGUACAAUGUGAUGGAUUGGCGGUGAUGAAAAUAGUGAAGCACUGCCAUGAAGAGUCAUGCAGCAACAUGGAGGUGGCCCAGGGUGCCCUACUAGGGCUGGUUGUGGAAAACCGACUUGAGAUCACCAACUGUUUCCCAUUUCCCAAGCAUGAUGACACUAUGGAUGAAGAGGAGUACCAACUGGAUAUGAUGAGGAGACUGCGCAGGGUCAAUGUUGAUCAUUUUCAUGUUGGAUGGUAUCAGAGUGCAGAUGUAGGAAACUUCCUGAGCCAAUCUCUUCUUGAGUCUCAAUAUCAUUAUCAGACAUCCAUAGAAGAGAGUGUUGUGGUUAUUUAUGACACCAAGAAGUCCGCUAGAGGUUUUCUUACAUUAAAGGCUUAUCGUCUUACCAUUCAGGCGAUAGCAAUGUAUAAAGAUGGUGAUUACACACCGGAGGCGCUGCGAAACUUGAAGAUUGGCUACGAGAGUUUGUUUAUUGAGGUGCCAAUCGUGAUCCGAAACUCACCGUUGACAAACAUCAUGAUGUCAGAGCUGUCGGAGAUGAUACCUGAGGAGGAGGGUUCCAAGUUCUUAGAUCUUGGCACAGCGUCUGUGCUUGAAGGCCAACUCCGCAGCCUAAUGGAGCGCGUCGAUGAGCUCAAUCAAGAAGCUAUCAAGUUCAACCGGUACCAGCAGCUUGUCGUCCGCCAACAGCAAGACAAACACCGUUGGCUGGUCAAGCGAGCUCAGGAGAACGCGGCGAGAGCCGCCAAGGACGAGCCACCGCUACCUGAAGAGGAUGUCAACAAACUCUUCAAACCCCACCCGGUACCACCCAGGCUGAACCCCAUGAUCGUAGCUGGUCAAAUCAAUACGUACAGCCAACAUAUAAGCCAAUUUUGUUCCCAGAGUCUCGCUAAAUUGUAUUUAACGCAAGCACUCCAAAACGCGAAGGAGUCAAAGCAAAGUACCUAAGGGAUUUGAAUAUUUGUAAUAAAUACUUGUAUGAGAUGUAA